AUGGACUCCAACCUCCGCAACACGGCCGCCAUGAAAGCCCACAUCCUCAAACUCCAAACCUCCCUCGUCUCGCGCUUCGAGAACCUCGUCGCGACCGCCGCGCUCGAGAGCACCGACUACAACACGACCUCCGUCAACGCGCUGCACAUGAAGGAAGAGAGCGCGGCGCUGGUGCGCGCGGCAGAGGACCUGCUGGGGCUGACGCGGCAGAUGCAGGAGCUGUGGCUGUUCGGGACGCUGGAUACGCUGAAGCUGCGGGAGGAGCAGCAAGGAGGGGGAGGCGCGGAGGGGGUUGCGGGGGCGGUGGAGGGGUGGGUGAAGGCGGAGGAGAGGGCGGCGGAGACUUAG